AUCUUUACCACCAGAUGUCGCCAGAAAAUUAAAGAAAUUACACACUAGAGCUUUAAGGGACAUGCCAGCAGGUCGCUCUGCAACUCAGCGGUUUUGACCUCGUGGUCAGGGCUGUGACAUCACAACAACAACAAAGAGAAUUUCUCUACAAUCGCUUACUGCCCCUUCAAGCUAACAUUGGCCAACCGCCGGAUAACAGGAACUACGAAGCUGGAUAUGAACCGUCUCGUUCUACCAUGGAACUUUCCUCCAGUUACCAGCAUGUUCGUGUGGAAGAGGCGGAGUCGUUAAUUACAAGCGACAUCGUCAGAACCAUAGAAUAAGUAUAAUAAUAUCAUAAGAGAAGAAACGCUGUUUGCAUAAUGUAAUAGCGACUUUAUACAAAGUGAAAUGAACUUAAUCUGAUCAAACAAAAGAACAACUCAAAAUAUUUUUCUAAAUUGAAAGUCCAAUCAGAAAUAUAAUGUAAAAAAAAAAUCACAGGAAGAAUAUUUGAUUUUUGUGUCUGAGUCGUUCAAAAAGUGGGCGGGGUCACUGUUGAGCUCCAUAUCUGCUGCGCUUUUAUUAUUUCUCAAGUUACUUUUUAAAAACUCUUUGGUCCAUGUCAGGGUCUUGUAAAUGGAUGAUGCUGUUUUUUCCAGUCAUCUGAUUGGUCAGUAGUUGGUGACUGGCUUUGAUCCCUCAUGUCGAACUUCACCUGCUCCGGAGCAGGUUAACGCCGCUCAGAGUUACUGCGUCAAUUUAACAAGAGAAGCAUCUUCGUAGGACGUUGAACCUGAACGCAGCUUCCAGAUGAUCCACUCAUCCGUCCAGCUCAUGAUGAAGUGGUGGCCAGGAGAGGAGUGUCUUUUCCCGGAGGCAGCUCGUGUGCAGGACGGAGCGAACACUGGGACACUGAAUCAACCGGAUCACUGCGCCUCUCAAGUUCCAGCUCAUCAUCAUCGUCAUCAUCACCGUCUCCCGGGCUCCGUUUCCCUUGGCUCCCUGGAUGAUGCGGCUGCUCGACCCUUCGGAUCAGACUUGUUGUGUCACGUGACGCGACCAGCUGCUCGGCUAUCUGCAGAGACACAUGACGUCACGCUCCGGGUUCGAUCCAAGAUCUUUGAAGGUCCUUUGCCCAAAAAGGACAGAAAAGCUCCUCCGGGCAAUCGGAUGAAAGGAAAUUCACCCAAAAAUAGAGUUGAAAUGAGCCAGAGCUGCAGGUCUGCUGCCAUAGAAGGAGCGCUUCAUCUGUCCACGGGUUCAAACUGAUGGGAGGCUCCUGUCCGUUUACUGUAAACCUGCCCUGCCAUCCCAUAAUAACAGCGAUCCUCUCGACCGAGAUCCUGUGGAGCUUCACUGACUGGACGGGGUCAGAAGACCUCCAGGGGGCGCCGCCAUUUCUCCAGCUCAGAGCGUUUAUGGAUCUGUGUCGGCAGGGAGACGGAGGCCACGCCCACGACGACGGGCAAAGUGGCCACCGAUUUACGUCGGACACAUCCCACAUGAUGCAGGAGGACGAGGAGCCGCUGGAGGAGAAGGUGGGCGGGGCCACGCCGGUGCAGAUCGUGGUGGCCAACGAGGAGGAGCACUCGUUCUCGCUGCAGGAGGCGGCGCUGGAGAGGCUGCUGCUGCAGGACGAGGUGCAGGACCUCAACGUGGUCGUCGUCUCGGUGGCCGGAGCGUUCCGCAAGGGCAAGUCCUUCCUGCUGGACUUCAUGCUGCGCUACAUGUACAAACAGACCGACUCGUGGAUCGGCGGAGAGGAAGAGCCCUUGACGGGCUUCAGCUGGCGCGGCGGCUGCGAGAGGGAGACCACUGGCAUCCUGGCCUGGAGCGAGGUGUUCGUGGUGGAGAAGCCCAACGGCUGCAAGGUCGCAGUUCUUCUACUCGACACGCAGGGGGCGUUCGACAGCCAGUCCACCAUCAAGGACUGUGCUACGCUGUUCGCUCUGAGCACCAUGACCAGCUCUGUCCAGGUUUACAACUUGUCGCAGAACGUCCAGGAAGACGACCUCCAGCACCUCCAGCUCUUCACCGAGUACGGGCGACUGGCCUUGGAGGAAGUCUACGAGAAACCUUUCCAGACUCUGAUGUUCCUGAUCCGAGACUGGAGCUACCCGUACGAGCAUCCCUACGGUCUGGACGGAGGAAGCAGCUUCCUGGAGAAACGGCUGCAGGUGAAGCAGAACCAACACGAGGAGCUGCAGAACGUCAGGAAACACAUCCACUCCUGCUUCUCCAACAUCGGCUGCUUCCUGCUGCCGCAUCCCGGACUCCGGGUCGCCACCAACCCUCAGUUCGACGGCCGGCUCCGCGAUAUCGACGAAGACUUCCAGCGGGAGCUGGAGAACCUUGUCCCGACACUGCUGUCGCCAGAGAACCUGGUGGAGAAGGAGAUCGGAGGAGUGAAGAUCACCUGCAGAGACCUGCUGCACUACUUCAAGGCGUACAUGAAGAUCUACCAGGGGGAGGAGCUUCCUCACCCCAAGUCGAUGCUGCAGGCAACAGCUGAAGCCAAUAACCUCGCAGCUGUAGCAGGAGCCAAAGACGUGUACAACAAGAGCAUGGAGCAGGUGUGCGGCGGAGACAAACCCUACAUGUCACCGGCGGAGCUGGAGCGCCGCCACGUGGACCUGCGUCAGGCGUCGGUGCGACACUUCCGCGCCAUCAAGAAAAUGGGCGGCGAGGACUUCUGCCGGCGUUACCAGGAGCAGCUGGAGGCGGAGCUCGACGAGGCCUACGCCAACUUCGGCAAGCACAACGACGGCAAGAACAUCUUCUUCGCUGCACGCACGCCCGCCACGCUGUUCGCCGUCAUGUUCGCCAUGUACGUGGCGUCGAUGGUCACGGGCUUCGUGGGCGUCAAUUCAGUGGCCACGCUGUGCAACCUGGUGAUGGGCGUGGCCCUGACGGCGCUCUGCGUCUGGGCCUACGUCAAGUACUCGGGAGAGUUCCGCGAGGUCGGUGGCGCCAUCGACCAGGUGGCGGAGACGCUGUGGGAGCAGAGGACGCCACGGAAGGUUCUCUACAAACUCUUCGAGGUGGCCCGGAGUCGAGUCCCGUUGGGAAGCCUGAUCCCGGUGCCGCGGCCCCGACUCGCCUCAAACAACAACGUCAAGAAGAAAAACUAGCGACGCGUCACAUCAUGUUUUUAUUCUUUUCUCUUUGCUGUUUUUUUUCUUUUCUUCUUUCGAAACGUCGUUAGGUCAGUUUGAGGCGUGUAAAUCAGCUGUAGGUUCAAGGACUCGCUGUAGAAUCUGACAAAACAGUUUUGAUGUAUUUUAUUAUUUUUGCGGGGGCCGGGGUUUAAGGUAUUUAUUGGUGGGAGGGGCCGUUGUUCUAUCACUUUGAGUGUCAUCACAGCAGGUGUGUGUGUGUGUUCACCUGUCGACUCUAAUGAUUCCCGUGUUAUGUGAAUGUACGAAGGAAGAGCAACCGCUGACCCCUCCUCCUUCCGGUCGCCGGGCGGAGUCACUACCGCUGACCCCUCCUCCCUCCGGUCGCCGGGCGGAGUCACUACCGCUGACCCCUCCUCCUUCCGGUCGCCGCCGGGCGGAGUCACCACCGCUGACCCCUCCUCCCUCCGGUCGCCGGGCGGAGUCACUACUGCUGACCCCUCCUCCCUCCGGUCGCCGGGCGGAGUCACUACUGCUGACCCCUCCUCCCUCCGGUCGCCGGGCGGAGUCACUACUGCUGACCCCUCCUCCCUCCGGUCGCCGGGCGGAGUCACUACUGCUGACCCCUCCUCCUUCCGGUCGCCGGGCGGAGUCACUACCGCUGACCCCUCCGGUCGCCGGGCGGAGUCACUACCGCUGACCCCUCCUCCCUCCGGUCGCCGGGCGGAGUCACUACCGCUGACCCCUCCUCCCACCGGUCGCCGGGCGGAGUCACUACCGCUGACCCCUCCUCCCUCCGGUCGCCGGGCGAGGUCACGACCAAAAGUUUACAGCUUUACCUACGUCAGAGCGAGCGGGACGACGAACUGCAGCCGACCCACUGUUUCCCUGACACCCCCCCCCCCCCCCCCCGUGAAGAAACUCAAGUUUCCAUCUGCUGCCGCAGGUCAAAGGUCAGUCGAACAGUUUAUCGUAGAGUUUUAAUGAAACGUUAGUUCAAAUAAUUGAUUCACCUCCAAUUUUAACUUAUUUAUUACACCAAAAACCUGGAGACGUUUCAAGCGACAUUCCUCAGUCCAGCACCCGGAUCAUAUUUAAUAUAUUAUCAUUGGAGACGGUUCAGUUAAAUCAUGAGCUUGACAUUUAAAAAAAAGAAACUAUAUUCACCUGGGCAGCGACGAGGCGCAGACCUCGGCUUUUGUCUUCAAAUCAAUUCCUGUAAUCUGGAUUUUUAAUAAACCGAGACAUAAAACGUUGACGCAUAUUUGUCUCGUACAAACGAGAUUUUGGCGCUGAAGUUUUAAAAAUGCACUUUUUGCAACGUUUCCGGCGACGACGCUCCGGAGUUUUUUGUCGAGCUUGUGGAAACGCCGCUGGUCCCGUUUCAGAGUGGAAACUCCGGAGCGUGUUCGAGUCCGGACGGACGUUCUCGUCCUGAUUGGUUCUCGAUCGGUCACCACGUCGCUGACACUUCGUGCUGACGGAGAUUUAUUUCUGGUCGGUUCAGUGGGCGGAGCCUGAUUUUCUGACUCUGGGAACAUCGAAGAAGCUCAAAUUCCUUGAAAGCCGCUUCAGACCGACUGAAGUCCUGAUCGUCAUGACGACGCAACAUUGGACCAUUUUUUUGUUGAGAUUUUCAGCUUUGAGAUGAUCAUGAAUUUCUUUUUAGUAUUUACCUUCUUCAUUAUUAUUCUUUUUGUUUUGGUUGGUGUUUGGUUUUCCGUUAGCAGAAAGUUUCGUUUUUUUUCCGAAACAUGAGGCUGAUGAUGAUGAUGAUUAUUGAUCUGCCGGGACAGUGAAAUAUUCCAAUGGAUCAUAAUGUGGAAGGAGUUCUUCUGUUAGUGAGAUGGUUGUUGUUGUUGAAACGUUUCCGUGUUCGAGCUCCUGGAGUUCAGUUUCAGACCAAAAGCUUUUAAAUCGUUUUCCUUCUUUUCUCCUGUAGAUAAUAUUUAACUGUUGUUCCCUCUCGUCAUUCCUCCUCUUCCUCCUCUUCCUCCUCAGUAAAACACUAAAAUCCCGUCGAUGCUCCGAACUCUUUGUCAACUGGUCGUCAGAGGUUUUUUUCCGUUUUGAAGCCAAACUCUUUGCAUCGUACGACUGAAGGUCGACCUCUUGUCUGUGGGGGUCGGAGGUCGUCACGUCAUGUUUUUCGCUGAGUCAUGUUUUCAUUUCGUCGCCAUCUUCAUCAUUCCAUCCAACUUCACCACCGUGUGCUUUUCUGUUUUUGUACAGUUCAGUUUUUUACAGCCUCCUCAUCCACACACACACGUACACACACACACUCUGAGCAUGUGUAUGAAAUAUAUAUACAUAUAUAAAUAUAACUUUUCUAGACCUUUUUGUAGCUGGAGGAACGACGGGCUCAGCUCACUGGAUGUAAAGGAAUGCUUUCGUGAUUUUGUGGAUAUGUCUAAUAAACUUUUUUUUUCUUUUGUUUUUAUAAAUAUAUUUGUAAAUUGAAUCCUACGUGAGCACCGAGACUCCGCCUCCUGCUGGAGAAGAAUGCUUUUAAUCUGGAUUUCUUUUUUCUUUUCUUGUCUUCAGUUGCAUUUUAAAAUUAUUUUCGUUAAUUUAUUUUUCAGUACAAUAUUAAACCAAACUCCUACAACACA